AUGAGACGCAAAGACGCAGUGGGCGAUGUGGCCAUGUCAUGGCGGUGGCGCAUCAAUCUGUGCAACAAGAUCAUGCGCGCAUCGGGGAGAUUUGACGACACGCGCGUGAGCCCCGUCGUGCGUCAGACGCUGUUGCAUUGGGGGUAUGAACUCACCAAACGCGAUUACGACAAGCACGUUAAGAAGUACGCAAAGAAGCAAUAG